GCAACACUUUACAAAUCAACAAGCGGGUUGCUUGUGUGUGGUGUCGGUUUGUUCGUAGUUUUACUAAAAUUAAAAUAGUUUCGUUAACAUUAUUAACUAUUUAAUAAAUAAUUUUGUAUUUAAGUUCAAUAUACGGAACAGCGGUCAUUCAACAUUAUAAGAAUUGAAUUUUUUACAUUGUUCCGUAGGUUUUAUAGAAAGUGACAGAUGUUUUUGAAGUGUUAGCGCCAGCUAUUGUGGGAUUAUGAGUGAUAUUAAUACGAGGAUGGAAGAUACUAAUGCAGAUAAUAGUACUGUUGAAUCUAGUUCCUGUAAAUUAACACAUCCAGAGUCAUCAGGCGAUGACCCAGGCAACCCAAGUGGAAAUGUUUCUCAAUCAUUAUUCCCAGAUAGCCCAGUUUAUGAACCAGAGGAAGAUUUUGAUACUAAUGCAGAACAGAAUGAUAAUGUGACAAGCACUGCCGAAGAUGACAAAGCUGAAGCUCCCAUUGAAAUAAAAGAUGAUAUGACUUCUACAAAACGAAAGCUUAGUGAUGAACCAACUGACACAAAUGCAAAAAUACAGAAACUUGAUCUUACUGAAGAUGACUACACAGUUUCUAGCCAGACUUUAGAUGAUGAAGUAUCUGAAAUCACUGCUGCUGCAAAACGACUCGAAAAACUACCAAGUGUCUCACGGGUACGUACACCGCUACGAUCUAGUCCCAGGAAAAUUACUAAAAGAAGCAACAGUGUAGAUUUAGAUAACCCUAAAACACCAAAGACACCUAAGUCAAGAUCAGCUAGUGCAGAUAUUACGAAAGCACGAAAAACACCACGUAAAGUUCAAUUAGAAAAGCCUAAAGAGGAAACUAUUUCAGAAGAAGUCCAAAUUGUGAACUCUGACAGUUCUAAUUCGAGACCUAGUGUAGAGUUCGUUGCAGAAAUACGCCCUCCGUUAGACAUCGCAGAAACUAUACACGAAGAAAGCAAUUCCGAACAAAAUGAUUCUCAAAAUUUUCAUUUGGAGUUGUCACCAAGUCCUGAUGAUGCUGCUGAUGAAGAUAAGGAAGAAAAAGUGUUAUUACCAAAGUACAAUAGUGAUCCAGUAGCAGUAAAGGACAGAAAAGAAGUUCUCGAUCCUGGCCAAAUUCAUAAAACCCGUAGUGAAGGCUUUAAUUAUUCUGAUCAAAACAGCAAUUUAUCCCAACCUUGCCUUAAAGAUUAUAAUAAAGACAAAGCAACUGAUCAAGCGAGUACUGACAGCAUAGAUUCAUUAAAUUUGGAGAGUCCUGAUCAUGGUCCUACUGUUGCUUCUCACUUGAUCUCAAAAUUGUCCAAUGGGAAUUCCUCUACACCUACAGAAAUUAUGAUAUCUGGAAAACACGGCAUCAGCGAAGAUAGCGAUAGUACUCCCGAUAUGGUUAAAUUAAACGGUAAUAAAGUAAAUCGAACUAAAAAUGAUUUGUUCAGAGCCAGCAAUACGACAACUCCAUCAACAAUAUCGCCUUUGCAAAAUGGACAUUCCCUACCUAUAAAUACUCCUCAAAUUCCAAUUUUCGAUGUCCACGUCAGUCAUAGCGAAGAGUGUGAAUUUCUUUCGCUUUACGUUGUUAGAACCGAUAAUGAUUUGGGCAUGGACAUGUGCAAAGAAUACCAAAGAAUUUCAAAGAGAUUUACCAUUGACCCUUAUUUAGCAGAUGUGUCCGUAAGCAAUUCUCCUUCGAGUGUAACAAGCGGUGGUAUGAUAAAUCUGCCUAAUCGAACCUCAUUUGUAUCGACUGUUAGUUCAACGUCAACUACCUCAAGUAAUCGUACAAGCGAUGGUGCCUUUGUAGUUCCGCAGCCACCUCGGAAAUCAGUUGCGAACCCUUCAAUUUCUGUAAAAGGUUAUGAUGGUUUGAUGAAGAAAUUGCAAGAAAUAUUUUCCCACAUUAGAGAACAAUCAGUUGAUGAUGGAAACCGCUCGCUGAACGAAGAUAAAAUAUCAGUAGGCAUUCAAACAUCCUUAUCUAGUGACUCAAUGGCACUCAGCAAUGGAAACGCAAGCCCUGAAGAAGUCGGAAAAUGUGAUAAGGCAACUCCUAAGAGCUCAUUGAAGAAGACUAGAGUUAGAGGUCGACGGCAUCAUGCUGGUAAAACAAAGCGUGCACUUUUGCCGACACAACCGGAAGAACCAGAACCAGCUUAUGGCAUGAAUUCUCCGGAAAUGGUGCCAACUAAUGGAGACACUGGCAAAGAAUCACCCAUGAAAUCGCCUAAAGAAGAAAAGCCUAUUUCUACAAUGGUAGCAACGCCCAAAUCAGUUAGUAAACUGAAACAGAAACGACGACCGACUUCACCCAGACCCGUAACUCCCGUCGAAAAGGUUAUAGUUAAACCUGAGUAUCCGGGAUACGCUCCUGAUACAGUAGUUUUGGCAAAAUGGGUCGACAAACGUUACUACUCGGGCAAAGUUUUAGAGAUCACGGAGCCAAACAAGUAUUUGAUCAAGUUCGAUGAUGGUCAAAGCAAAGUGCUUCUAGAUGACUUCAUCAUAUUUGGAGACAUGAAAACUUUACCACUACAAGGGCAAUCGGUAUAUGCAAUGGUUGAUGAAGAACAGAACUACGAGCCUAGUUUGGUGCUUGGUUUAGAAGAGAAUGACUGUGGCACUGUUACAUACAGAUGUACUACUGAUGGGGAUACGCUUGUGAUGGUGACUGCCAGCGAGUUGUAUCUAACUGAGGAUCAAGCGCGUUCCCUGAAGGAGUCCGCUAGGGCGCGCUCCCCUGCCGCGCCGGCAACGCCGCGCCGCCGGCACCAUCGCGAGCUCGACCUCGACAACAUCAUACAGGGUCCGCGGAGUGCAAGAAGUAGAGACAAAGGAAACUCUAGUGCACGGAAACGAGUAGCUUCUCCAAAGAGCCCUAAAGCAUCUACAUCAGGUUUGAAGAGUUUAGCUAAAACUAUGGCGGGCCGCAAGCGUCUGGCGAGCGAAAGCAGCGAACUGAGCGAGAGCAGCAACUCAGCGCCGCCAGCGAGGCUAGAAGAUGUGGCGGGAGUCGAACCGGAAGUGCAACGUACGCCGCGCAAGAUAGACGGCGUCAAGGCCGGUCCAUUACAAUUGAAGGGGGCAGCGAAACAGAACAUAGGCAAGAAGAAUUCGAAGUUGACCAAAUUCGAGAACGAUGAAGACACAGUCUCACAGUUGGGCCCGAUACCGUCAAGCGACAGCAAAUUAUUCGUGGGCCUGCACUUCUUGCUCACUUGCACUGACACGCCGAGACGAUUGCGGGAGUUAGCUGAGAACGUUGCCGAGAAAACCGAGAACAUUGAGAAGAGCCAAAGCCACUACUCGUCCGAAGAGGAUGGUGAGACAGCUGGUUCUAUGGCCGGCACCGAUACUGAAGACCUGGUGUUCUACACGAAGCCUUUCAACAAGGAACGCCUCAAGGAGCAAAUCGAAGCCGGCGGCGGGAAAGUCUAUAGCCACUUCGACGACGUACCAAAGAACAAGUAUACCGUAUGCAAAUUGAUCGCGCCUCGUCCUUGCAUCACCGCCAAGUAUAUCCAAUGUUUGGCGGCCGACGUACGAGCUCUGUCCCACGGUUGGGUCAUAGAAAGCUGUGCAUCUCAACACCUGUUGGACCCCGAUUCCUUCGCUCUGCCAGCCGGAUGGUCGCUGCUGCAACAAAGAUUCCUUAACUGGGUGCCAUCGUCAGGCAAACGAAACACGUCCAUCUUCAAGGACAAGCUGAUCCUCCUUUGCAGCGAUCAGGACACGUUCCUCAAAUUCUGGGACCGCGUGUGUACCCUAGCAGGUGCCAACACGCGUGUCGUCAACGAGGAUGACUUGAACAUGACCGGGGCUUUAGUGGUAGUCACCGAACUCGACUGCCCCCACGAGGUCCAGAACAAGGCGAAUCAAGACAAUAUCCCAUUGGUGUCCACGCACUGGGUCAACCAGUGCCUUAUCGAGGCCAAAAUCGUCGACCCCAACGGUCACGCGAAGUUCUCGUUUGCCUUCACGGAGCAAGAAUGAUCCUGGGACUUUAGAAAGUACCUCAUAAUACGUGAAAAUUGACACUUGAGGUGAAAGCGAUCGGGACGCUUUAGGUGUAUUUAGUGUUAAUCAAAAGUGGCAGUGAAGUGUUAUGUCCGAAUGGGAGAGCGAAUUGUGCUGAAGGAAACUAACCGGUAGUGAAUAUUUACAGAAACUAGGAAAUGACACUUUACUAUUAGAAUAAAAAUGUAAGUCUCGCUGUCGGGGCUAAUUUCAAAGUUAUGAUUCUUAUCUAAAAAAGUGUAGUAUACCACUAGUUCGAUUUCUUUGUUUAAUCUAGAUCUGAUAUGAGGCAUGAAAACCCUCUUUCAGGUAUAUUAAUUAAGACAAUGUAUACACAAUUAAUUAAUAUUUAUUGUCGUUUCCUUAAAACUUUUAAGGCUAAAUUACAUAUUUUGCAAAGAAAUUGGACUAGUUUUAAUACAACAUUUGUUACAAUAUGGAGACAACACCAGAUCUAACUUUGAAGAUUUACAAACGGCCACAAAUGUGACAUUUAAAUACAUUGCAAUUUAUGUUGAAACCUCAGCAUUUAAUUUAAUUUAAUACAAACAUUUGAUACAAUAUAAUGCUAUACUAUGAAAUGUUUACAAAUAGUCAUAGACACACAGUAUAUCGGGUAUUGCAACUGGCAAGGCAACUGGAACUAAGAAAAUUCAAUCAAUCAUGUUGUGGUUCCAAUGAAGUUCCUUUAAAAGAGAACAUUCCCUAUAUUAUAUUACUAAAUGAGACCUGGAUCUUUUUUAAAAGUUUUAUAUUAACAUAAUGAAUAUAAUCUAUAUGAUGCAGACAACAUAUGGGUUACGAUUCUAGACAUUUCAACUAAUAAUAAUGUGAUGUCUGUUACAUCAUUUGGUAAAACAUAUUUGUAUCAAAGAAUUUUAAAAGUUAUAGUAAAUCUUGUUGUAAUUAAAGUAGGUAAGUCUAACUCUAAGGAUCAUGUCAAAUCAUGAAAACCAUAAUAUAGGUACCUAUAAGUAUGAGUAGUUAAGUUGUGUUAAAGUUAUAAUUAUAAAGGAUUUUAGAUUUAAGCGGCAGCUAUAUAUUCUAUAUAGGUGCUAAGUAAAAGCAUUUUCAAUAGUACAACAAUAUCGUAAUGUCAUUCAAAGACAAAAAUCCCUUUGUCAUUAAUAUAAAAAGAAUAUAAAAUAAAAUAAAUUUUAGUAGCUGAAAUUAUAGAUCCAAAUUAACUUUUAAAUUAUACUCAGAUAUAUUCUUCAGAAAAAAUACGUAUAAUCAAUGUAUAUUUACAUUUUUGUUUUGUAAGAACUUUUUGGAUAUUUUUAAGUGGAAAAUAAAACAAAUUAUUCUUAUAACACUUGACUUUAAAGAUAAAACUGACUUGAAUUUAAGUAAUGUUAUGUGAUUGUGUGAAGCUUGUGAGUUAGUAUGUGUAUGUGUUUUCAUAAGAAAUGUACACACAUUAUGAAUAGUAUUAAUAAUGACGUCUGAGUAGUCAAAUUUAACGUCAAAAUUAUGUUAUUAACUAUUUGAUAGUAAGUUUUCUUAUUAAUUGGUAAAAGAAAAGAUUGUUCAUCGUUUAUAAAUAAAAUUGUGAUGAUAAUAUUAUGUUGUGUACCUUAAGUAUCAUUAUUUACACAUUACAAUGACACUAGGGAUGUAUAAAAUAUGGCACUAGAAUAUGACGUGACAGAAUAGUAAUGUGCAAGGAUAACUUGUCCACAAAAUGACAUAUGUUUUUUUUAUAAAUCCCUGGUGGAGUUUUAACUGUUUUCCUAGUUGUCUAGUAGACAAAACGUCACUCGUGACUUUAAUUCACAAAGUGAUAAUAGUUUUAACCUUUGUUUGUUAUAUUUUUUUAUUAUUAUUAAUGAUUGGAAAUUUAAUUCUUUAUGUAUGACCAGUAUUUUUUUUAGAUAAAUUUUAUUUUUUUUAUCAUGUCACAAGUUUAAUUAUAUUAUUAUAUUAGAAACUAUGGGGGUACGAUAUGGUUAAACGAAUUGUACUAUUAUCGUACUUUGAUCUCCAGGUUAUGGAGUAUUUUUGAAAUUAUGAAAUACUCUUGAAUGGAGUUAAUAAUAAAAUGAUUGCUUGAUCUGUCUGUACAGUUAAUGAAAUAAGUUAUGAUUGAUGUAGAUAACUAACUGAUGCCUAGUUUUGAGCUAUCUGUGGAUUUAUUGAUAAACACAUUGCAUUUAAGCUAAACAUCUCAAUGGAUAUUCAUUGAGAAUUAAAUGUAACUUCAAAGAUGUACUAUUGUUUGAUAUAUCUAAGAAUGUUAUUAUAUAUUUCAUAAUCUGAAUUUCGCGGUGGUUCUUUCGUAGUAAAUUAGUGUAAAUUUCUCUCAAUGACAUUUAGUCUUAAAAUUAGGAUAUGUAUUUAGAUAUUUUUUUUUAAUCUACACAUUGACAUUAAAAGUCUGCAUUUUGUUUUUUUUUGUAUUUAGUAAUUAUUUGUUUUUGUUUUGUUCUGACGUUUUGUUAUUUGGAGUCAGAUAGAAGUGUAAAUGUAAUGUCAUGAUUAAAACUGUGGAAAU